UUUAUCCUCACAUCUCACUCGACAUGUUCUCUUCAGCAGCUCCAAACUCGAAAUCUCAGAUUUCAGUAUGAGUAAUAAUAGGUCAUGGAUGUACAAAAGACUAGAGAGACGAGGAUGUCUAAAUGAUGAUUUCAAGGAAGGUGUAAAUGAGUUCAUUCAGACAACGCUAAAUUCAUAUUCCAGCACUGUCAUUGCAUGUCCCUGUAGAAAGUGUCAAAAUCGAAAAUGGUUGACUUGGGAUAUUGUUAAGCAACACCUAUUUGAGAAAGGUUUUGUUGAGGACUAUUAUGUAUGGGCAGCACAUGGAGAGACACCCAAUUCAAAUGGUCUGGUUUAUUUUGAUCAAGCUAACUCCUCGUAUUGUAAUGCAUCUGAGGUCCAAUAUGAUCCAUACAAAUCAAUGUUUGAGGAUGCAGUAAGGAAUGAAUUCCCAACAGAAAAUCAAGGCGAUUUUCUUGUGAAUGAUGAGCCUAAUGCAGCAUCCAAGAAGAUGUAUGAGAUGCUAGAUAUGACGAGUCAACCAUGCUUUGAGGGUUGUCCAAUGACUGAGUUGAGCGCAAUGACUGAAAUGUUGAACAUAAAGACUGAGAUGAAUCUAUCUGAGGCUGCCACAGACAGGAUUGCUCAAUUUGUGAAUAGAUUUUUCCCAACUAAAAUCCCCAAUAGGCCUAUACCAAAUUUCAACAAAAUAAAAAGGAAGUUAUCAUUGUUGGGAAUGUCAAGCCAGUCUAUUGAUUGUUGCCCAAAAGGGUGCAUGAUAUAUUGGAAAGGAGACAAUGAGCUAAUGGAGUGCAAGUUUUGCGGUGGUGCAAGAUACAGGAUCAGUAAGCAAACAAAAAAAGCAAUUCCACUUGCAAAAAUGGAGUACUUCCCACUUACUCCUAGAUUACAAAGGCUUUAUGCAUCAGAUACUACCGCAGAGAAAAUGAGGUGGCACAAAGUUCACCAUAGGGAAGGAGUUAUGCGUCAUCCAUCGGAUGCAAAGGCGUGGAUUCAUUUUGACAAUCUCCAUCCAGAUUUUGCUGAAGACCCGAGAAAUGUUAGGCUUGGUUUAUGCAGUGACGGGUUCCAGCCAUUUGGACAAUUUGGUCAGAAAUACUCUUGUUGGCCUAUCAUAGUGACACCAUACAACUUGCCACCAGGUACGUGUAUGAAACAACAAUUUUUAUUUUUGUCUAUAUUGGUACCUGGACCAAGAAAUCCAACAAAGAGGAUAGAUGUGUAUUUUCAACCAUUGAUAGAAGAGUUGAAACAAUUGUGGGAGGUUGGGGUUGUAACGUAUGAUGCAUUCUCAAGGGAGAAUUUCAAUAUGCGAGCUAUGUUGCUAUGGACAAUAAGUUAUUUUCCCGCAUAUGCCAUGCUUUCUGGAUGGAGUACAAAGGGCAAAUUUGCAUGUCCAUGUUGUACUGAGUUUACUGAAGCAUUUUGGCUAUACCAUAGCAAAAAACAUAGUUGGUUUGAUAAUCAUAGAAAGUUCCUACCAAGUGAUCAUCCAUUUCGGUUUGAUAAUGAGAACUUUACUAAGGGAAAAUCAAUCUUCUAUGGCCCUCCGUUAGCGAGAGAUGGUUCAUACUGCUAUGAUGAGGUCAGUUCCCUGAUGUCUGUGACUGAAGUAGGAGGUAUUGAGCAUAAUAAAAUAGUUGGACGAGAUAUUGGAUGGAAGAAACGUAGUAUAUUCUGGGAUCUCCCAUAUUGGAAGGAUUUGCUUAUACGACAUAAUCUCGACGUGAUGCACAUAGAGAAGAAUUUCUCUGAGAAUAUGUUUUAUACAAUUUUGGGGGUGCCAGGAAAAUCGAAGAACCAUGCUAAAGGGAGAAUGGAUAUGGAACAAAUUUGCCAUAGGCCGAGUAUGGAGAGGGACGGUAGUGGAAAAUUCCCUAAGGCUCCUUUUACUAUUUCAAGUGAGCAAAUGACAGUGUUAUGCAAUUGGGUUGAUUCAUUGAAGUUCCCAGAUGGCUUUGCAUCUCGGUUAGGACGUUGCAUAGAAAUUGAAAAACUUAAAGUGUUUGGCAUGAAGAGUCAUGAUUGUCAUGUGUUUAUGCAACGUUUAAUUCCGAUUGCUUUUAGAGAGAUGUUACCUGCUUCGGUUUGGGAGGCAAUCACAGAGAUUAGCUUAUUCUUUCGUGAGUUAACCAGAAAGAGUAUCACCGUUUCUGACAUGGAGAAGCUAAAGGCAGAUAUUCCCAUUAUUCUAUGCAAGUUGGAGAAGAUUUUCCCACCAUCAUUCUUUGACCCCAGUGAGCAUCUUGUAGUACAUUUACCAGAUGAAGCUUUGUGGGGCGGACCUCCACAGUAUCGUUGGAUGUAUCGUUUUGAAAACACGAGCUCAAGGAAAAAGGGGUCCAAAGGAGAGGAUUAAAGAGGGAAAAAGUGGGGAAAAGUGUGAAUAAUUAAGGUAAUGACCUUAUUAUAACUUCUCUUUAUUUUUCUUUCUACCAUAUGAGGUAUAUAUCAUGUGAAGGACUGACGUGCACUUUGUCGUGGUGUGCACUCAAAAUAAUAAUACAAUACAACGCUUAUACGUAGUAUAGCGUAGUAAGGUUCGUAUCCACAGGGAAAGGAAUACUU